GGAGGAGCUAGCGUUGGACAGUGGUAAUCCAGCCAGCUGGUUACUUUUCUAGUAAACUACUAUAGCUGUCUUGGGUAACGGCGCCGAUAAACCGUGUAAUACUCCAUGGACAAUGGAGGUCUUUAACCAGAUUUUUGCAGAAUAUCCUCACGUAACAUACGGAGGCGUGGGUGCUACGGCUUGUGCCACUGGAGCCCUGGUUUACAAAAUAGCGACGAGAAAAAAGCCCACUCAUGUUGGUGUGAACUGCUGGUUCUGCAACCAGGACACAGUGGUUCCAUAUGGCAACAGAAACUGCUGGGACUGCCCCAACUGUGAGCAGUACAAUGGUUUUCAGGAGAACGGGGACUACAACAAAGCCAUUCCUGCCCAGUACACGGAGAAUCUGAACCAGGGCGUCCCCGCCGGCUCGCCCCGCCCCGAAACCAGCAAGACGCUGCAGUGGGUCAACUGCCAGAUGCUGGUGUGCAGGAAGUGCAACAAUAAGCAGACCCUGAAGAUCAAGCAGCUCGCGUCCUUUGUGCCAAGGGAGGAUGGGAAGUACGACGAGGAGAUCGAGGAGUUCAAGCGCCAUGUGGAGCAGACGCACAAGCUGUGCCGGCCGUGCCAGACUGCGGUGGAGUACUACAUCAAGCACCAGAACCGCCGACUCCGCGCCCUGCUCUUCAACCACCACCAGCUGGGGCGUGGCCGGGACGCUGGCGGGGCCUUCAGCCAGAAGCCGCACGCCUCGCCAGCACCCGCCGGGGCGGUGUUCCUCCGCGUUCUGGCGUUCCUCGCCUGCGCCUUCCUGCUGGCUUUGGCGUUUUGCGGAUCCGGGGAGCCUCUCGGCCCCGGCAGCCCCCCCCAGCCGCAGGACGGGGGGGCGUCCGUCCCCAAACCGGUCCCGAACGGAGGCCCCGCGAACGGGAGCGAGGAGGCCCGGGCGGCCGCGUGGCCCGAGGUGCUGGGCCUGCUGCCGGACCUGCUGCCGGACGAGGCCCUGCGGAACGCCCGGCGGCUGUGGAGCUGCGGACAGGCGCACCAGGUGGCCGUGGUCUCCCUGGGCCUGCUCACCUGCGUCAGCAGCGUCCUCCUGGGCGGGCCCGUCAGGCUGAGGCGAAUUGACGCUGUGGCUUCUGUGCUUUGGUUCCUGGUCAUGGGGCUGCACCUGGUAGAACACUACCUGAAGGAUGUCCCGAGCUGGCUGGACACUGUCAAGCUCAGCGCCACCUGCCUGUGCUGCUUGGCGGGGUUCACUGCGGCUGUGGCAUCACAAAAAACCGCAGACCGGGGGAGAACCAGGGGUCAGAGGUCAGAGUCUGAACAGUGACACCCGCAUUGUGAAACUAAACCGACAAAGAAGCCAUAGGACCCAUUUGUAAAUGAGGUUUGUGUUCCAAUGUGGAGCUGGGGUCUUCUUCAGUUUUCUCUCUAUACCUCUAUUCACCAAUUAUUCAGUAGUAUUAGCCAAUUGGAUACUGGUCAGUACCAUCUUUCCAUCUGAAAUUCUUCAGUAGCUUCGGCGGUUUUUUAUUUAUUUUUUUCCCUCAUGCCCUAUACUAAAAUAAUGGUAAUACUACAGAGUAAAUGGUUGUUUAUUGAAAAGUAUUUGUUUUCUUUUAAGUUGUCCCCCAAAUCCCUCAGCACUGAUGCUAAUUAAAAGUAAAAAAUGGAGCAAAUAAUUUGAUUAAUUAUUAGAUUUAAAGCACUACAUAAAAUAUAUACAUGUAUAUAUGGAGCACUGAUUGAUGAAUGUGAUUGAAGUUAAGCGUUUUCUCCCAAACAAGUGAUAAACAUGUUAGUGACCAAUGGUUGGUCUGAGACGAUUGACAGCUGUAGCUCAAAGUAGCUGCCAGGAAAAGUUCUUAUUUUUAUUGUGACAAAUUUCACUUGCAAGUCAGCUGCAGUACUUUCCUUUGAUGCUGCAACUGCUUUUAUGAUGGCUAGAUUUAAUUUUUUUGAUGAACCAUGUUUGCUUGUUGUUUGGCUACAUUGCUAUAUGUCCUCUCCAUCAAUGCAUCAAAGAGUUUUAAUUUUUCAUUUAGUUUGUGAAAUCUGGAAUUAUGCAUCCAAGGACAGUUGUGGACCUCGUACGCAAUUAAAUAACCACCAGAUAAUCUCUGCAUUUUUGCAUUGUGACCAGGUUGUGUUGAAAUAACUGAUUGGUCAAACAAAGUAGCAUAAACCUAAGGCACAGAAGCUGAAAAAAAGUCCUUUGGAAUUUUUCAUAUAAAAUUACAAAAGCUUUUCCUAUUUCAUGUGAAAAGCUUGCUUACUCUGCAGGAUUUUGUCUCAAAACAAAAGAAACGUGGAGUUAGUUUAUAAAAAAAGUAGUUGUUUUGGCAAGUCUUUUUUCCACUCCAUGGCAUAGUAAUGAGCAUAUUUGCCCCCUUUCUACAGUGCCCUGUGAUAUCCUUAAAAAUGAUGUGUGUCUGUGAAAAUAAUCAUUCUUAAUUAGUGCAUUUUAUUCCAGCAUUUUGGCACAAUUUAACCAAUGCAGAAACAGUUCUUGCAAUAUGAAAAACAGUGUGAUUAGGAAGGAUUUAAAUGGCUAAACUCCAUCUCAACAAUAAAAUAUUAUUCCUCAGAUGAACCAUGAGCGUAGGAGAAGUACAUUAACUGUUAAGUUACUGGAGAGAUAAAAUUGGGUGCUGAAUGAAUCACCAAUGCAACCAAUAUGUUAAUAUCCAUUUAUAUGGAUAUGUCCAUUGGCUAACUAUCUAGUUAACUAAAUAUCUCAUAUAGUAUUUGACACCUUUAACUCAAAAACCAGUGAGAAAACACUAUGCCUCCUGCUAAAAUGUGAAGAAGCUAAAAUUCUGCUUGUCUGUUUCAUAGUGAACACUACCAUCUACUGUACUACAGUGGCUACAGUACAUGCUGCUCCCCAUGGUGAUGACUCUGUCGUAUGGGUAACCUGCCUGUCGAAAGCCUUUGUUUUUCCAGAAAUUCUUUAUUUCUGUAUGUAUCACGGUUUCACAUUUUCUCAUUCCUGUUCUGUUUUCAAUUUUGGGCGCGCAGAAAGGCCAAUCGGGUUAUGUGUUCUUGCUGUAUUCACUCAUAAUUAUUAUGAUUCACGAAAUAAAUAAUGUAUUGACUUGAAAUGUGAAAAGGAUUAUUUAGGGUUUUGUUGUUCAGGUAAAGUGGAACAACUAGUUAGACAAAGCAUUUGCAACAGAAAAGCAGGCGCUAAUGCACUCACCGCAGAAGCUGGCCCUUGACAAACAGGUUCCUUAUCUCUCUAAUAAGUAUUGGAUACUGCUUUGUAGACAAGUGGACGGGUCCUGUUCUCACAGUCUGAAACACUAUAGUAAUCCCUACAAUAAUGACGCAUCUGUGUAAAUUAUCAUCUCUGCUUCUUCAUUUCUUGCCAUUAAGAUUUGCUUUUUAAUUCCCUUCAGGAUUUUUGAGUCCAUGUGAUUUUCAGACUACCUGUGUAAGAAUCCCACACAUUUAGUCUCAAUCUGGGCAUGUUUGCAAAGGAUGAAGUGUGUUUCUUUCAGGAAUAAUAUUGUAAUUUUGCUUUUUUUUUUUACCCCAGCUGUACUGAAGAAAUCUUUCAGUAAAAUAUUAUAUUGGCAUUAUAUUGCAUUGCUUGUGAGAUGACUGGAAAGGCAAACUUCUUGCAUGGUGGCAUAAUGUAAUUCCCAACACAUUUUAACUUUAACCUCUUUGGACGAAAUGGAAGCUUUUUGUGAAUGCAUUGCAGACAACACUAAGGUGAUAAUUUAGUGGCUAAUUUAGUAGUCUUCCAGUAUAAUACUUUUUCAUGAACUGUUAAAAAAAUGAUAAAUCAUAUAGCAUGCACUUGCAGUUACUGCCAUAAGCUGCAGUGAAGCUGACACUAGCUGAUCUUUAUUGAUCCUGUUCAGGUCCAGAUAGGGGAAAUGGUUGAUCAAUACUGCAAUUUAGAGGCAGCUCACAUAGAUGCUGAUUGAGGACCCAGUAUUAUCAUGUAUAUUGUUUUAAAUUAUGGAUACUGUAUGUGUACUGUAUUUUUCUAUUGUCUUUUUAGAGAUUGCUGUGAAUUAAAUUAGUGUGUGAAUAAUUGACCGUAGAUUGUAUGUUCUUAUUUUUUUUUUUUCUUUUCUCCAGCCGUUGGUAAACUGGAUUAUGUAUGUUCCCUCAUAUUUGAGAUCUUCUGUUUUUAGUAUUAUUUUCUUCUGAUUAUUAAUCCACCCAAUAAAGUCAGUACCAUGAAUUCUGUUCACCCAAAGUAUUUUGCACACAGAAAACUUUGCACUAAGUACUUUUUGUGUGUUUAUAUUAUUUUUGUUAUCAUAGAUUAACUGUACAUUUUGAAAUCAUGAAUUUAGGUGAACUGCAGUAUUUUUCCAAAGCCAAAACCUUUCGUAAUAUGCAAAAAUCAGUUUUCCCAUAAGGCUACUGGGUUGAGCUGCAGAUGUUUGUGGUCAGCCCUGUAUUCGAUUAGUAUGCACACAGGAACUGUUUGGUGAUGAGUGAUUGUUGGGUCAUCUCUGCCAACAGCAGGAUGAAAAAGUUUUUGAUUGAAUUGCUGUGAGCAGUGGAAUUGAUCUCCCCAAAGUGCAAAGCUGAUUUGCUGUGAAUAUUUUCCCCCUUAGUCCAGUCAUACUCUGCCGUUUGCUCACAUGACUUGAUUGCUAACUGAUCCUAAUACAUUUUUUUCAUCACCAUGUACUUUGUUUUUCAUCAAAAUUUGUUAUUUGUAUUAAAAAAGGCAAGCUAAGGGAUAUUUCACACAUUUUACACUGAAUUAGCCUAUUUUUAAUGGUUUUAUUUUAUCCCAAUGCCAAUAUUGCAGUAUGCAUACAACUGCUAAAUAGUUUGCCUUUGUGAAACUCAUUUGAGCGCAUUGUGAUAUUUUCGUAUGCACUGUAGUUGUUUCCUUAUUUUGGGGUAUUUUACUUAAUGAUCAAGUAUAAUUUAAGUUGUUGUCUCCACUCACAAAACAAAGAAGAGGAUCAGCACCCUGAUGGAACAACAAAUAUUUUCAAUCAAUUGUAAAUCUGAAUUGUAUUCUUGAGGCCAUCUCAGAAAAUUACAUGGCACUUGAGGUUUUUAAAGGAAAACUCCUGGCUAAAGCACUUACUCCUGGCUAAAACAAUUAGCAGGGGUUCAAAGCAAAACCCCUAACUGAAAUGACUGUCCAAUACUUAUAGUUGGUGCCAUAGUGCGUUGAAGAUGGACUCUCCUAUUAAACUCCACUGUGCCCGCUGUGGCAAUAUUACAGUGUGAUGUCACGUUGUCUAGAGAACUCGCAGUUUAACUGUGGAAAAACUGAAAUGCUACACAAAAUAGGAAAAUAGGACCGGGGUUGCGUUUUACGUCAUGAAUAUGCAAGUUCUAACAAUGUCGAAGUGUUUCAGGCUGGAGUUUUCCUCUAAUAUGGAGUAACUGCGUCCCUCCAUGAUUUGAUCCAUCCAUUUUAUUGCGCUGUAAUGGACGCCGUCUCUUCAGGGUUCACAGCUGUGUUUGCUCUUCCUCACAGUAUAUACUGGUAGUUAUACCAUUUCUCCAGAAUGUAUGUUGUAUCAUUUAUUUCCUGUUAUUUCAACCAAAUAAAUUUUAAUCGAAUAAACAACUGAAAUUA